AUGACAUCCUUAUUUCGAGUUAUAUUUGCCAAGCCACAGCGGUUGUCUGGGAGGUUAUCUAGUUGUCUUGAUUUAACCAAAUGGAAACUGUCUAUGUGGGUGAGUGCCACAGGGGCUGGUGGAUAUCUAAUGGCAACACCUACACUCUCACCUGAAUUUUUUUAUGCUUGUGGAGGCAUAUUCUUGUGUAGUUCUGCAGCACACGCCUUCAACCAGAUCAUAGAACGUAAAACUGAUGCUCUGAUGAUCAGGACACGUAAUAGGGUAUUACCUUCCGGGAUUAUCACUCCUGCUAAAGCAGCUGCUUUUGGCACCUUGUUCGUGGCAUCGGGGUCGUCACUGUUGUACCUCACUGGUAGUACUACCGCGGCGCCAUUGGCAUUGAUGAACGUUGCCCUAUACACUUGCGGCUACACUUUUUUGAAGCGAUAUACCGAGUGGAACACUCAUGUUGGCGCUAUUGUUGGUGCGGUACCACCUCUGAUAGGUUAUGCUGCAGCGGGGGGCUCGCUCCUUUCUCCAGAGCCAUGGAUGUUGUUCGGUAUGAUCUACAUGUGGCAACUACCGCAUUUCUACUCCUUGGCUUGGCUAUAUCGCAAAGACUACCUGAAUGCCGGACUUAAGAUGUAUGGCACUAAGGACGACUCUGGUAGAACUACUGCGCUUACAUCAGUAAAAUGGAUGACGGUGUUAACAUCUAUGCCAUUGCUAUACUCUUAUGCUGGAUGGAUAUCACCCAAUUUCGCAAUUGUCUCGCUGUUGCCAAAUCUCUUUAUUAACCAUAAAUGUCUACGUUAUUUGGACGACCCCUGUAAAGAAAAUGCUACACGGUUUUUCGUUCAUUCGUUAUGGCAUGUGUUGGUACUAGUUGGAUUGGCCUCUUACUACGUGGCUACUGACUGCAAGGCUUCCGUUCAAGAGAAUAAUAUCGACCGUUAG